AUGGCGGAAGAAUUUGGGCUUGAUUUGGAAGAACUCAAGCAACUCCAGAACAUCGCUAAGCGACCUCGUGUUCUUAAUCUCAUCAAUUCCGAGAUUUCCAAUUUGGAAAAGCUGAGAGAUUCUGCAAUUAGUGUAAAACCAGAGGUUCCAGUGUCAGUUCCUGCACCGGUUUCUUCUUCGAUUAAACCGGUUUCUCCGGCAAUGAACUAUGUAACUCUUGGAACAUUUAGCUGGGAUCAAGACAAUGAAAAAGUCAAGAUGUACAUAUCUUUGGAAGGUGUUGAUCAGGACAAUGUUCAAGCUGAGUUUAAUCCAAUGUCUUUGGACAUCAAGAUUCAUGAUGUCAAAGGGAAGAAUUACCGAUGCGCGAUUCCGAAGUUGCAUAAGGAGAUUGUGCCUGAGAAAUGUAAAGUGCUUGUAAAGCCGAAGAGAAUAAUUAUCACAAUGUUCAAGUCUUCGAGAGGAAACUGGCUCGACAUACACCACAAAGAAGAUAAGAUUAAACCGAGUUUGGAGAAAGAGAAAGAUCCAAUGGCUGGAAUUAUGGACUUGAUGAAGAACAUGUACGAAGGUGGAGAUGAAGAAAUGAAGAAGACAAUAGCUAAAGCUUGGACUGAUGCUAGGUCAGGCAAAGUAGCGGAUCCAUUGAAAGGACUAUAA